AUGUAACAUGAAGAAGGCAGUGUAAUUUGGCUCCAGGCUCAACGCCUAAUUUACCAAAAACAAACAUGGACGAUUUUGAAGAGAAGGUAAAUCUCUUCGUUUCUCGUGGAUCGCUUUUUAUUAUCCUUCAUACUAUUUAAAACAAUUUUCAUUUUUGUGAAAUAUCAUGUCUCGAAGAUCAAAAACCAGCCUAGAAAACGACAUAGAACGAUCUCGAUGGGAAGAAAAAUGGGAGCAUAUUCCAAAAUUGGUGGAACAGCUUUCGAGUCGGACGACAAGUGAAUCAAGUAUAGAUGCUGUGAAAAAGCUGUUGAUCAGUGAAUCUCAGCUGGAAAUAUACCUCAGAGAUAUUCCCCUUGGGACAUCUGAUCUUGUACAAGCCAAGAAAGCUUUGGAGGAGACUGUGAAGAACCUUGAAAAACUGGUUUCUCAAGAUAAACUGGGAAAGGCAGAGAGAAGCCAAGAGGCAUUAAUGCUGCUUUGUAAAGCUCACUUUCUGUUAGACGACUUCCAUAGCUGUGUCAAAUGCUGUAACCAGGCCGCAGCAAGUGACAUCCACAUUGACUCACAGUCAAAAAGGAAAUCAAAACUGGUCGCAGAUGGAUUUGCUUUCAAAGCCAUGGCUCUUGAGCAGUUGCAGUCAGCUGGAGAGAUGGAAAUCAGUGAUGAUGACAUCAUAUCUUGUUAUGAAUGUGCAGGGGACAUAGGUCUGUGGCUCACCACUGACCAGACAACCUCACAAAGGCCCACAGUUACUUCACAGUCCAUGCCGUUAGGAAGAACAUUAGAGAUAGCUCUCCAAAGGGCUCCAGUGUUGCUAAUUAAAAAUGGGAAAGUGAAAGAAGGAGUCGACAGGUUUCGGCAUCUGUUGAGAGUCAUGGAGACCAAAGCCACAGUUGGUUUAAGAAAGGGAUUAGCUAAGCAGCUGUCGCAGGUUCUUUUAAGGGGAGUUUGUGAGAGGACUUAUGAGAAACCUUUGAACCUGCUGCCUAGUUCACCUAUGAUCAGCUCAACGUCAUCACUGAAGGCUGCAUCCAAAAUAGACUUGAAGUCCACCAUCAUUAAUGUUAUUACUCACAAGUAUGCAGCAUUCUCUCUAAAGCCACAAAUGUACAGUGGAGACAGUUUGUUUUUCCCCAGAAAUGAAACAGAGGAGAGUUUGCUUCUCUUGCUUUUGGAGGAAGCUAUGGUUUCCAAGGAUGCAGAGCUCAGUCAAGCUCCUGAAAAAUUAGCAGCACGACAACGAACAGUGGUAGACUCUGAGAGUGUGUAUGACUUAUUAACAGUGGCACUCGUCCGGAGAUCACAGUAUGGCAUGUUAGCAGAGUGUUUAGACAGAGGAAUGAAGGUUGCAUUUGAAGAGUUUCAUCUGUGGUUUCAGUUUGGCCUUUCUCUCAUCAGUGCUGGCAAAUAUGAUAGAGCCCUGUUGGUCCUUAAGCAGUGUCAUCAGCUCAGACCAGAAGAUUCUUUGGUUUGCCUUUACGCUGCCAAGCUCUGCUUCAACAACCUUCACAUGAUUGAUGAAGGGAUAAAGUUUGCUAAGACGGUGGUUGCCAUGGGAGAUGAAAAGGAACUCUCGUCCAGAGGAUACCUGGCUCUUGGUAUCGGCUACAGUCUGCUGGCAAGUGAAGCGUGUCUCAGAGGAGAGCGUCAGCAGCUUCAGAAACAAGCAAUCGAUGCUCUUCAGAAGGGACACAAUUUAGAUCCUGACGACAGUGAAGUGUUGUUUCACCUCGCUCUUAACCAAGCCCUGAUGAGACAGAUGACAAAGGCACUGAAGAACAUCAGAAACGCUCUUAAAAUGGACAUGAAUCAAUCCUUCUUCCUGCAUCUCUUAGCUCUUAUACUUUCUUCUCAGAAAAAGUUUGUUGAAGCUUUGGAGGUCUGUGAUGCCGCCCUCAUGGAAUUCCCAGACGACUUCAGUUUGCUUCUUACGAAGGUCAAACUGGAACAGACAUGUGUAGGAGGAGACCAAGCGUUGAUUACGUGCAAGCGGCUUUUGGAGACCUGGAAACUAGUGUACGAGUCUGACCUCUCAGGAUCCUCCGAGCUUCAAAGAGCUGGCUCAGGAUUACUGGACAAAGUUAUCACGGACACCCGAAGUUUGAAGCAGAUACCGCUGACAGAGUUCAGCAGCGACAAGGAUUCUGCAGACGGAGCAGGCUCUAUCGCGGCUUCAGUGCGCCUUGAGCAAGCAUUGUCUGAUGAGGCAGCGUCAACUUCUGUUAAACUCAGUGUCCCUGCUGUUCUAGCCUUACAAGCCAAGCUCUGGCUUGCUAUUGCUGACGUCUAUAUCUCCAUGGAGAAGGACGCUGAAGCACACGCCUGUGUACAGGAGGCUCACUUGAUAUUUCCUUUGUCCCCGGAUGUACUAUUCCAGCGUGGCCGCAUUUUCGAAGUCCGAGAAAACCUUACAGAUGCCAAGAACUGCUUUGACAAUGCGGUUUCUAUAAACCCCAGCCAUGUGCCCAGCUUGCAACGCUUGGGUGCAGUUUAUCAUAAGCUCGGAAAUCUUGUCAUGGCUGAGAAAGUUCUCCGCGAAGCCAUCAACAUUGACCCAACAGCAUUUGAGGCUUGGCACGUGUUGGGCGUGGUAUUGGAAGCACAAAACGAGCACGAGGCUGCCAGCGAGUGUCUUAUGACGGCUAUUGACUUGGAAGCCACGCAUCCUAUUGUACCUUUUACUGUGAUUCCACGUUUGUUAUGACCCAAUGGAGCUCAUCCACAAAAGCCAAUAAAAUUAUAUAAGCACCAUUUAGGGCCUGAACUUAUAACUGAAAACUCCAUCAGAUUUGACAGGCAAUAAAGAGCGUCCUGUGUAAUUACCAAAUAAAAACAUCGAAAAUGACACAA